GCGCGGCUCAGUCCUCGCACACCACACUCACUGCGCGAGUCCCCCCUGCAUCAGCAGCCAUCCGGCGCGACUCCGUCUCUCGGACACCAUCGGCACGACUGCUGUUGCUCUCUAUAACCCCUACAGUGCGCGUGUGCUGCUGCAGAAGGUCUGCUGUGCUCUGUGAUCGUCGAGUCGCCGGUGUCCGGUUGUGUAUCUCGUAUAUAAACUCGUAUACAGUGCGGUUAAUUUAUAUAUAUAUAUAUAUAUAUAUACACGACACUCGCUGCUGCUAUCUGCUUGCACCCCUUCUCCCCACCCCGCCAGAGCAGACGUUCUUGGCCCCCGCAGCCGACACCCGUUGUGGAGAGGACCUGCCGCUGUGCAACGUCGACUGGAGGUCUGCGCUGUACCUGGCUUCGAUCUGCUCGCGUGCACUCGUACUCUCGCGUCGACGUGCGUGCUCCGAUACUCUGCUUCAUGGUGGUCUGCUGAGAGCUGCUGAGCUCCAGGUUAGACUCUGACUGGUGUCUCCUGUCGCUAGAAAGGCCUCUACACAUGCUGACCCCCUGGUUCGUCUUCGCCUAGCAGGCAGAGUGCUAACCAGCCUGCGUUGGCUCUGCGUGUGCAUCCUAGGGGAACAGUGCCGCAUGUGUCAUCAGUGUCAAUAUCAUUGGUCGCUGUGCCCAGUGCAUACAGCAGGACUGAUGUGCCAGAACAGGCUGUCGCUGCUACUGCUGCCUCCAAUCUACCUGUAAUAAUAACGACUCUCCUAGACCCAGUACAGAGAGUGUGAUGCCCGGGAGCCGCUCCAGCACGGACCCCGAACACAAGUCCCCUAGGGAAAGUGGUGAGGACUCCGAAGAUGAGAGCGAAAUCCUGGAGGAAAGCCCCUGCGGGCGGUGGCUCAAGCGUAGAGAGGAGGUGUACGUAGGUUCCAAAUCAACGUUGAGCGAUGGCACAAACUUCAGCACCGCGAAGAGCGCUGACAACGAAGUAGCCGAGUCGGAGAUGGAGCAGCAAGAUUUACCGGGAAUAGACUGCGCUUACCUAGCCAUGGAUACCGAGGAAGGUGUAGAGGUCGUCUGGAACGAGGUGCAGUUCUCAGAACGCAAAAAUUUCAAAGCACAAGAAGAAAAGAUUCAGCUGGUCUUUGAGAACCUCACACAACUCGAGCAUCCAAAUAUUGUUAAGUUUCAUAGGUAUUGGACGGACACCCAUAAUGACAAACCUCGCGUUAUUUUUAUAACGGAGUAUAUGUCGUCUGGGUCUUUAAAACAGUUCCUAAAACGAACGAAACGCAACGUCAAAAAACUACCGUUACAGGCGUGGAAGCGGUGGUGUACUCAAAUUCUUUCUGCACUUAGUUAUUUGCAUUCCUGUUCACCUCCCAUAAUUCACGGAAAUUUGACUUGCGACACGAUAUUCAUCCAGCACAACGGUCUAGUCAAGAUCGGCUCUGUGGCCCCAGAUGCGAUCCACCAUCACAUAAAGACCCACAGGGAAAACAUGAAGAAUAUGCAUUUUGUUGCUCCAGAAUAUGGAAAUUCAGCAACACCUGCCAUUGAUAUCUACUCAUUUGGUAUGUGUGCGUUAGAGAUGGCCGCUUUAGAAAUUCAGGGUAAUGGAGACAGUGGCACUGUCGUUACAGAGGAAAAUAUCAACAAAACGAUAGAGUCGCUCGAUGAUGCACAGCAAAAAGACUUUAUUCGAAAGUGUCUUCAAUCAGAUCCACUGAGCAGACCUAGUGCUAGGGAGCUGCUUUUUCACCCAGUCCUCUUUGAAGUUCAUUCAUUAAAGUUGCUUGCAGCGCACGCUUUAGUCAACUCAGCCACAAAUAUCUCUGAAACUAUAACAGAUGAAGUACUGCAAAGGCUAUACGGUCCAGACACUGUUGUUGCCGAGAUUAAAUAUCAAAACAGGCCUCCUCAUCAAAUUCGUCUUAGUGAUAUACCUGUAGCAGAGAAAUUGGAAAAGUUCGUCGAGGAUGUAAAGUAUGGAAUUUAUCCGUUGACCGCAUUUAUGGCUAAGCUUCCACCGCCUGUCAGGCCUCGGGCAAUAUCCCCUGAAGUCACUGAGUCAGUGAAGUCAGUAACUCCAGAGCCCGUUGACGUGGAGUCGCGUAGAGUAGUCAACAUGAUGUGUAACGUCAAGCCUAGAGAAGAAAGCUGCGAGUUACUCAUGACAAUAUUAUUAAGAAUGGAUGAUAAAAUGAAUCGGCAGUUAACUUGUCCAGUGACACAAGCAGACACGUCAAUGCUACUAGCACAGGAACUUGUACACUUCGGCUUCAUUAACGAAGACGAUCGGGAUAAAAUAGCAAACCUGAUCGAUGAAGGGUUACGCAGUUGUUGUAGCAAACAACAAAUGUUGAGUCCGGGCCUCGUUUCGCUCACGAACCUGCCCAACCAAACGACGCUGUUGCUGCCUGGUCCUGAGUUUCCACGACUUCAGCGACUCGAAGAUGUGAAACAGCCUUCCCCCGCGAAGAACGUCGAACCAGCUACAAGGCCAUAUUUACAGCAGCAGCCGACACAGCAGCGACGUCAUGAGCCUGAUAAUGCGGAACCUCAGACGAUCGCGGGUGAGGUCGGUAGUUAACCACCGGCUGUCUACCGAUCCGUUUUUGUCUCGACUCCACUAUUGUGCCACUUUGCACGCUCCAUGUAUAGACUGGCUAUGUAUUUUUAUAUUUUAAGUAAGACGAUGAUAAAGGAGAGUAUGAGAAGAGAAAUAUUGAUAUACAAAACGCUAUCGCAGAAUGUAGAGAACUGGAACUUUUUAUGUUUAUUAGGAUCGAUACAUAGUUAUUAUAUAAUAUCUAAUUAAUACUUUAUUUUCUCUAAUUAUAAAUUAAUCAUUAAUUGCAUUCAAAAUUAAAACAAAUAAAUAUUCAUUUAGGGUUUAUGUUUUAAAUAUAUUCUUAACGAUUAUUUUAAUGAUUAUCAAAUUUUAAUAACUAUCGAUCAAUUAAAGGCUUAAAAGUUUAAAGUGAAAAUCUAUAAGAGUUCUCUGUUGUAAAAAUAGCAAGGGUGAUAUAAGAGGAAAAAAGAAGGCUAAGAGCCCCGUGGCUUACUUUGAUACGUACAUUAGGUUUUUUCCACAUAAAAUCUACGUUUUUUCUUUUUUUUCUUCGAGCGAUCAGUAAUAAACAAGUUCUAGAACUGUACAAUUUGAUUUGAACGUUAUUGAAAUAAGUUUAAUUACUAACCGAUCUAAAAAAAUUUUGCACUUGACGGACUGCCGGCUUGAUUUGACCUCAUUGUAUACAUGACGUAAUUUUGGUAAUAACAAUCUUGCUAAUUCAUUCGUUGAUAUAACAAAUUUUCCUUUGAGUAUCAGUUUCAAAAGCUGUUUAAAUAAUUGGUUUAACUGCAUUAAUUUAAAAAGUUUUAAAAGUUUUUGAAAGCCCAAGGAUCAAACGUUCGAAUUGAUGAACAGUACUAGAUGUAAAUGAAACAGCAAUAGGAACGGACUGAGGAUAUCUUGAUAAAUUAUUUUUAAAUCUAUAACAAUUUCAAAGAUUUCAAUUGCAUGGCAUUAUAGUUAAAAAAAAGCUUCAGAUUUUUAAAAUAUUAAAAUUGGCUGCUUGAUAAAUUGUGCGAACAUUUUUAUGCUCAGAAGUUACUUAUUAAGAAUGCAUUUGAAAUAUGUGUAUUAUAGAAUCAUUUUUGCAGCCUUUACAUAAGAUUAAAUCACUUUGAUAGAAUGCUACGCUCAUCUUAAGGUAACGAAAAUUAAGAUGUUCGCAUUGUUCCGUUCCAGUACAUUACUUGUAAAGAUUAUCUUGUAAAUGUACGGCGCUUUGUGCCGUCCUCGUUUUUCAUAGAAAACUUAAAACUAAUAAUACUAUUAACAAUAAAAUAAAUAAUGAAUAUUAAUAAAGGAAGAGAGAAGAAUAAGAGAUAAAACAAUCCGAUGGAUCGUAAUAUAAUCCAUGUCUCGCACAAAGUAAAUAGAAAAAAGAAACCCUCUGGCCAGCGGUGCGAAUCGUAUUAACGAAGUCGCUAAAAAAUGAUAUACUUGAAGUAAAUAAAAUGCUAUAUACCACGAGUCUCCCGAGAGAUAAUUUUUACGGCAAUAAACAUUGCCGAAGAUAGUAGCCACGGGAGCGGCGAAAACUUGGGUAUUAUUGAUGUGAUGCAACCAAGGUUAUUAAAAGAAUUCCUUGUAAUUUUUUUCUUUGUCUCUUCCUCUUUCUCUCCUCUUAUGAGCAAAUACUUCGACGAGGAAGAGAAAAAUAAAAACACCGUUUGUAUCCACUUAAAUAUUCAAUCAAACUUUGUGAUAUAGAUAAAUAUUCUUUUAUCUACUAAUGGAUAAAUAUACAUUCGUGCGUAUCAAUAAACGCGAAUUGAGUAUAUAAAAUACUUUCAUGAAUAUCUUGAUUUCUAUGAUGGUACAUUAAACUUAUUUAUUCAGUUUGAGCAGCCGCUAAGUACUUGACGAGCAUGAUGUUUUACGAUCAAACAUUUUAAAUUUUUUAUUUUUGAUAUAUUUUUAAGAUUUUAUAAACCCUAUUCUGAAUCGUUCGACUUUAAAUAAAUUUUUAAGUUCAGAUAUAAAGAACGUAGAACAAGAAUAAUGAAAGUUGAUAUAUCAAUUAGUUUUAGCAUACUUUAAUAUUCAAAUCAGUCGACGUUUUAAAGGAGGACAUAUAGAGUAAGGAAGAGACAACGAAAAAGGGAAAUCCUUGUAAAUAAUUAUAUUUUUAAGAGAAUCUGUCAACACAGAAAACUAGUCAUAUAGUUAUAUUCGAGUGCUAAACGGACUAACAUACCGACCUCGUUACGUCUUUUUUGCAUUUACAAUAACACGCGCUUGGCCAAGAUGGGAGAGAAAGAUUGUGAAAAAGGAUGUAAUGUAAAACGGAAACUGCGAUCGGAUGAUAAUAAGAAAGAGAGAAAGAGAAAUGGAGAGUGCUUGCAUGAAUGAGUGUGAAUGAGAAAAACCGAGAGAGAAAAUACUGCUCCAUUUUCAUACCUCUAUAGAAAGAAAAAAAAAACAAAUUGUUGCAUUUUCAUAAGAAAAAA